AUGUCAAGUGAAGUGACAAGAGCUGAAAACGAAUAUUCUAAAAAGACUCAUAUACAUACCAUUGCAAAUAUUACAAACUUACAAGAAACCUUAAACAGUAAAAGUGCCGUUGGACAUACACAUACCAUUGCAAAUAUUACAAACUUACAAGAAACCUUAAACAGGAAAAGUGCCGUUGGACAUACACAUACCAUUGCAAAUAUUACAAACUUACAAGAAACCUUAAACAGGAAAAGUGCCGUUGGACAUACACAUACAUCUUCUGAAAUAACAGACUUAAACGUUAGCCUUGAAAAGAAAGCAGAUAAGAACCAUACACAUACAAGUUUUACAACUGUUGCUAUAGAAAGUAUUGAAGGAACGGUUGAAGAAACUGGUGGGGAUGCAUUAUAUUGUAAACCUCCUAACUUUCCACAAGGUUUAACAUCGGAUGACGACAUAACGACGAUGAGAAACAUUAGAUGUAAAGAUGUUUAUGUCAUGAAGGAUGAAUAUAAUAUUAAAUUCACUGCUCAAGAUUUAUAUGACAAGAAAGCAGACAAAACAGAGCUUCAAACAUUAAAGACAGAAAUACUUCAAACAUUAUAUCCUAUAGGCUCUAUUUAUACGUCAAUGAACUCUACCAGACCAGAAGUAGUACUUGGUUUUGGAACUUGGACUCAAAUAGUCGACAGGUUUUUGUAUUGUGCAAACUCUUCAAAGGAAACAGGUGGAAGUAAAACGAUUUCAGGUGAAAAUUUACCUGCACACAGUCACUACAUAGAUUUAAGUACAUCUCAAGCAGGUUGGCAUAAGCAUAGAUAUUGGGAUUGGUCAGCAAUGACAAAAGGUAAAGGAUAUGAUGUUAAAGACAACGUUAAGUUUGCUAUAA